GGUGUCUUUUGACACCGCUUGGCAGAAAUAAUGUUAAUUCCAAUUUCUUCCAAUCAAGCUAAUUGAAUAAUUCUACUCGUUAAUUAGUCAAAUCCGAAUUGGGAAUCAAUCGUUAAUUGCUAAUUGGUGUUCAAUUGAAUUAAAGAUUUAAUUAUUUGUCUGCAACCCUGAUUACAUAACGUAGUUGUAUUUAUCGCAUCUGUAAUUCGACUCUACACUUUUUUGCAAGCCGACGGUUGCAUAAUUCCUACGUAAUCGCUUAUCGUAAUCAACUUUUACGCAAGUCUGUAGGCUCUUACAAUGUAUCUGUAACAGCGUACAGUGUAAAUUAAUAUGGUAAGAAGGCGAUAGGCGACGGGCAUCGUACGAACAUGGUAAAUGCCAGCUCGGAAGUGGAAACAACAUUGUAACGAAAACGAGCGACCCGAUAACGACGGCAACGUCUAAUAAUAAUACUGGAUAAACGUCUCGAGACUUGCUGUGUUUCGGAAACGUUUCGUACAGUACAGCUUUGGAUGGAAAAGAAGCUGGUCGAUUCUCGCGACGAUUCGGAAUCUGAUUAAAUAUAAAUAUCGUUAAUAUUCCUGACGCCAGUGUUCGGUCAUUUUCUCCUUAUUUCUUUCCACAAGUCGGAAGCAAAACUAUGUUUUCGUGUUAAUAUUUGAUGCAAGAUAAUUUUAUCAAGAAUGUUCCAUGCAUCAAUUGAACGGCAAUAAUCUUGCCUUUCGUAGACUAUCGUUUAUUGAUGUGCAUUGCAUUUUCGAAUGAGACUGAUAAUUACUUAAAGAAUGGUUUGUUUAUUUGAAAUAUUAUUACGCAAAACGGAUUGUUUCUAGAAAUAUCUGACAUCGUUAUAAAAGGAUAGUUUGAUCUGCUUCCCGUUUAUAACACUAUUUCUUUUUCAUACUUGAUACAAGUUUAUAGUAAUGAAAUGAGAAUAAAAUAAAUUUGUUGAUAAGAAAAGAUUUUUCAAAUUUCUUUAUUUUUAUCAAAAAUAGUUUCCAUUCAAUUUGCAGCAUCGGGCAGUGAUUCAUUUCAAGUCAUUCAUGACCUUUCGAUGCUUCAGUGAUCCUCAUUCUCAGAUCUCAAAUGUUGCCAGCAACGGAUGAUAAGGAGAAAACUAUGGAGACAGCAAACCUCCGGUUUCUACGAAUCGCGUUUAUCCCGCUGACGUUGAUCUCGACCCUAUAAAAAGAGGAUCUCAUUAUAUCGACUCUUAUCGACUUAUUCCCGCAUCUUGCGUACGAUGUGGAAAUUCGUGCAGAAUCGUUGAAUCUUUCCUUCUUACAACUUCAUUAAAUUUAUGAAGAAGUGGGGAUUGAGGUGAAUUGAAUUAAAAGUGUUGUGAUACGAGUGAAAGUAUCACUUUGGUGAAACCGAUUAAGAAAUACACUGUUUUCAAAUCGAUCUUUAUUUUAGUUAACUUAAUCAUUCUAUGAUUUGUUGAAUAGUAGAAGUUAAACCGUAUCAUUUGUUGAGAAGCGUCUGACUUACGUCUUGGAUCUUUUCUAAACUUUAUUUCAGACAUGCCCGGCACGUCGAAGAAACCAAGUGUUCUUAUCGGAGUAAUUGACAUUAGUACGCGAAACGUUCGUUUUGCAGUGUUCAGCGCGCAACACGUAGCCGAAGUAGCGUCACAUCAAAUCGAUGUGGAACAAUUAAGUCCACAGGAGGGAUGGGUGGAACAGGAUCCGAAGGAAAUCCUGUUCGCGGUGAAGGCUUGCAUCAAGGCUGUUGUCUCAAAAAUAGAUGUUCAGGACAUAAUAACAAUUGGUAUCACAAAUCAAAGAGAAACAACCAUUGCAUGGGAUGCAACGACGGGUGAACCAUUAUACAACGCGAUAGUGUGGUCCGAUAUACGAACGAACUUACUCGUUGAUCAGGUAGUAGCCAAAUUUCCGGAUCAAAAUAAGAAUCAUAUUAAACCGAUAUGCGGGUUACCGGUGAGCCCAUAUUUCGCGGCGCUCAAGAUUCGUUGGUUAAAGGAUAAUGUACCCGUGGUGAAAAGAGCAAUACGGGACAAGCGUUGCAAAGUGGGCACGGUGGAUACUUGGAUCGUCUGGAACUUAACAGGAGGCAAAGACGGCGGAUUAUAUAUCACAGAUGUAACGAAUGCGUCCAGGACCAUGCUAAUGAAUCUAGAGACAUUGUCGUGGGAUCCUGCAUUGUGCAGAUAUUUCGACAUUUCUAUGGAAAUGCUGCCAGAGAUCAAGAGUAGUUCAGAAGUUUAUGGAAAGAUCGUAAUUGGACCGUUAAAGGGUAUCCCUAUAUCCGCUAUUUUAGGUAAUCAGCAAUCUGCGUUAGUCGGACAGAAUUGUUUGAAAAAGGGACAAGCAAAAAAUACAUAUAGGAGUGGAUGCUUCUUGCUGUGUAAUACAGGGACAACGCGGGUGGAUUCUGCUCACGGAUUAGUCACAACAGUGGCAUAUCAAUUGGGUCCAAAGAGUCCAGCAGUUUAUGCGCUGGAGGGUUCGGUUGCGGUAGCGGGUGCUGCAAUUAAAUGGUUACGAGAUAAUCUGAAGCUUAUAAGUGACGUUCAUGAGAGUGAAAAAUUGGCAGAAACCGUUUUCAGUACUGGCGACGUGUAUUUCGUGCCAGCUUUCACAGGAUUGUAUGCUCCAUAUUGGAGAAAAGAUGCAAGAGGAGUUAUUUGUGGUCUUACUGCGUACACAACGAAGCAACAUAUAGUACGAGCGUCGUUAGAAGCUGUUUGUUUUCAAACGAGAGAUAUUCUAGAAGCUAUGAAUAAAGACUGUGGUUACCCAUUGACCAAGUUUAAUGCGGAUGGGAUAAUGUCAACCAAUAAUGUCCUCAUGCAGUUGCAAGCCGAUCUUUGCGGCACGCCAGUAUUUAGAUCAGUUAUGCCGGACAUCACGGCCUUAGGCGUUGCGAUGGCUGCGGGUCACGCGGAUGGUAUAAAUGUUUGGCAAUUAGAAGGUGAAGAAGUAGAGACGGUACCAUUCGAUACAUUUUUGCCAACAACAACGACAGAAGAGAGAGAUGCUAGGUAUAAAAAGUGGAAAAUGGCUGUUGAGAGAAGUUUGGGUUGGGCGGAAGCAAAAAGAUCUGAACAAAUGACAGAUGAAAGAUAUUACGUACUGGCGUCGAUUCCGGGAAGUUGGUUCUUGAUGGCAAGCUUUCUUUUGUUACGAUUAAGUAAUUAUAUGGUGAGCCGGUGACAUCACUUUGAUCGUAAUGAAUCGAUUAGAUAUUUCAAAUAGUAACAAGAAAUACAAACAGUAGAAUCAAUAUCAAGUCUUGAUUACUAAUAGUCAAAAUAAAUUGCAAAACAAAAAAUAGUAUAAGAAAUUGCUUUGACUCACUAGAGCAUAGUUAAAACUUUCGAACUUGCCAAACGAAGUUACUUAAUAUAUAUAGUUAAUUAAUCGAAGCGCGACAAAGGCAAAGAGAAUAAUGUAUUUCGCGAUGGUGUAUUUUAAACGAUAAGAUACUAGAAAACAAUGCACAGAUACAACUUACAAUGUUCAAACAGUUAUCGCUGCCCUUUAUCAAUCAUUGAUAUAAGAUAACAUCAGUCAAUGAUAUAAGAUGCUAUUUCGUGGAUGUUAAGAUUCACAGACACAGAAUUUUAUAGUCAUAUAUAUAUAUACAGAAUAUAUAUAUACUAUAUGUAUAUAUGUAUAUCUUAGAGUUACAAGCGUAUGUAAUAAUUUGUGAUUUUACAAUUAAUUAAUACAAAUCUUCGUAAUUUAAUUUAGUUUUGUCGCCUUCUUUUGUAUGUAUGUUUAAUUUACUUGUUACAUU